AUGGCUCCCUAUGACCACCAGAAUCCCAGACAGGUUAGCAGAUCUGGCACCUGCUGGAGGAUGCAGGCACCACCUAGAAUGACAGGGACCAGCCUUGCCCUUCUGGAGGCUCCAACCAGUGAGGGGAGACAUUCAGAUAACCAUAACGCAAGCUCUAAAUUCCCUCUAGACCAGAACUAUCCUGGACACCCACAUGACAAGAGGGAAGUAACCGCCACGGUAUUUGUCCUUCUGCCCUCGAGAGGGAUCCUCAUCAGCCGGGAUGAUACGGAUACAGGAUAUUUUGGGAUCCCAGAACACAGACUUCUGGCAGUUGGACUUUUAGCCACUGAGACUCAGGGUCUGAAGGAUUUUUCACCUCCCCGGUUUAUGGCUCAGGAGUUGGCAGCACCUCUUUCACGAGGGCAGCCACCAGAGCAGAGCAUUACAGAGACUACAACAUAUCCCUGGGAUGAGGGAGACCUGAGAUUUGCGCCUUUGAACUCCACGGCGCACUCAUUCUCCAGCAGCUCCGAAUCAAACCUGAGUCUCUCUGUGGGCUAUUUCCCCUGUGAGGACAACUUUUCCUAUGAGAACAUCAUCUCCUGUGAAGACACAUUUUCUGAAGGUCCUUCAAUCCACUUUGUCCCUCCUAUCCAAGGGACAUGGCAGACUGAAAACAUAGGGAGACUCCUGGGGAGAUGAGACCAAAUACAGGACGACCCAGAGCAGUUUUGCAAACUAAGAAUCGCCCUGGCCUGGGAUGUUGACAUGGCCUCUAAGAAUUCAGACUCGAUGGCUAUGGACCUAAGUGGAGACAACCAGUGGAUAGACAAGUAGCCCAAAGAGAAGACAUAACUGACUCUCAGCAAACUGGACGGUCUUGUGCAAAAGCUUGAGAAAUUUCUUGAGAACCAGUAAGAUGACGAAGAUGAGGACUGUGUGUUCCAUGAAUCUGUUCAGCAGGAAGACUCUCAGCUGUCUAGCAGCUCCCCUCCAGGUAUGGCUCAGGUUAGUCAUCAAGAACAUGAGAGCUGUCAACACUUGGCCAAGUUCAACCCAUCAGAAAAUGAAGAUGUCAUCCAGUUUCCACAGAUUCCUCCAAGGCUUCAGAAAGAGGAGCUUGCCGAAAUACUAAGCCAGGUGACUGGCAGCCAAAGGACAAGUAUUGCAGAGACCUCCUCAAUCUCAUCAGGUCCGCAAGAGAAGGAGGACACUCACUCCAGCACACAAGCCCUCUCCUGUCUGAACUUCGGGUGGAUCUUCCGCUGGCUAAGGCACCAAGUCCUCCCUUCAUUUUGGGGGAGAGAGCACCCCGAGAAGGCCACUGAGAGCCCCCGUCAGCUAGCACAAAAGAAACGACUCUCUCACAGAAGCAAGAGAAUCCAGCCUCAAGAAUCCCUCGAAUUAGGCCACCCCAUAACGCCAGAUUUUUAA